UUGGCCUGGGUCCCUGAGGCCAGGCGGGUGCUAGUGAAGGGCGCAGGAGGGGUGAGGUUACGUCUCCCUGGAGCCCCACGCCGCUGGCUUUUCAGCGACUCGCCCGGAGCCCGCGGCCAGAGCCCCAGACCGCGCCGACCGCGCCCGCCUCCGCCUCCCUGCACCGUGCGCCUCGCCCAUGUCUCAGCACGCUCCCAGCUCGGACUUCAAGAGGGCUUUGGACAGCAGCCCCGAGGCCAACACUGAGGAUGACAAGACCGAGGAGGACGUGCCCAUGCCCAAGAACUACCUGUGGCUCGCCAUCGUCUCGUGUUUUUGCCCCGCGUACCCCAUCAACAUCGUGGCUUUAGUCUUCUCCAUCAUGUCCCUGAACAGCUACAAUGAUGGAGACAUCGAAGGAUCCAAACGGCUUGGGAGGAAUGCCAAGUGGGUGGCCUUCGCCUCCAUCAUUAUUGGCCUUCUCAUCAUUGCUAUUUCUUGUGCAGUUCACUUCGCGCGAAAAUGGAAACAAUUUAAAAGAUGGAUAAUGUCAAGUGCCUGAGCAGCCAGCAGUAAGCCAGGAGGAUGGAGGACGGACCUCAUCCACACACACCCCAAAGGAGUUUCUGAGGAAUGGAUCCUGACUUCAGACUGUGAGAUCUUUUCCUCCAGGACUCUCCCUGGCAAAUGAACUAAAAACGAAACGAAAAAAAAAAAAAAAUGUCCAAGAUUUAGGAAAACCAGGCAGCAAAGCCAGCAAGUGUCAGGCAAGACCUUUGAUUUUCCUGGAUGCCACCUGGAAAUGCCACCCACUGUUUAUUUUCUGUCAAAUGUAAACCCUUUAGGUGUGACUGUACUGGUUUAACAAGGCCACCAUUAUCCUGCCUUCCAGAAGACGCUAACCCCGUGUGCAAGACGUACCGCUGGUGGUACACAAAGAUAAUUUUCAAGUCAUUUAAAGCCACAACAUUAAGUGACACUGAAUCACAACGAACAUUUGCCCUUUUCUAUUCUUUUUCAAUCCUGAUUACACCUCAGAGAAAGUCUCUGUGUGGUGCUCACGGGUCCUUAACACCUUUCUGAUCCUCUGGCUCUUUUUCCUUCUU